CCCUGCGUCGAAACUAUGUCUUCUUCCCUGAUCAACACUAGUAGUAUUCCCUUCCUCCACAAGGCUAAGUUGUCGAUAAUAGAUGAAUUUAAUGAUAUCAAGAAACCCUACCCUUCCGCCGCAAAAUUCUCCAAUCCUAUCGUCUUCUGCUCAUUGUAUCGAUCUUUGCCGACUACUUUUUCCAAGUGCUCUGUCCGACAUUUGGUUUCUUCGGUAGGGCAUAAUAUUGUAGAUUGGGACUGCGACCAUGACGAGGAGGAGAAGGAGGAAGAAGAAGAAGAACCGAAGAAGUCCUAUAACAAGGUUCCGAGGAAAUCCUAUAAUAAGGCCCACAUAACUCCAUUUGUCGAGGCAAUUGUCAAGGUAAUUUGCGUUAAAGUAGAUCCAAAUUACACUUUCCCAUGGAAAAUGGAACAAGAAGAGGGCUGCUGGAGUGGAUUUAUUGUAAGCGGGAGAAAAAUUUUAACUAGUGCUGGCGCUGUUGAUCUCCCCAAGGAAGUGAAGGUCAAGAAAAGCACUUGCAAUGUGUGGUACACUGCUACCGUGCUAUCUGUAGCAUUGGAUACUGAUCUAGCAAUUCUGACAGUGAAUGAUGACGAGUUUUGGCAAGGUGUUAAGCCAGUGGAGUUUGGGGACAUGCCAGCACCCAGAGAAAAGAUAACUGUUACUGGCUAUCCACAUGGGGCAGACUAUGUAUCUGUGAUUAAGGGCCGUGUGUCAGGAGUGGGCAUGACACGUUAUGUGAUUUCAGGGGCCAACCUUCCGGUUUUUGUGGUAAAGGUGGCUUGGAACCUAGGGAAAGUUGGUGGACCCGUUUUCAAUGGAAGAGGCAAAUGUGUGGGUAUGAUACUCCAGCAUCUAUACAACAACGUUGAUGUUGUGCCUGCCGAGAGUAUUAAGCACUUCGUUCAAGACUAUGAUAAGAAUGGAGCAUACACUGGACUCCCAUUUCUCGGCAUCAAGUGGCAGAAGAUGGAAAGUUCUAGUUUCCGAGUGUUCAUGAAGAUGGAACACGACCAACAAGGUGUUCUUAUAACAGAAGUUAUGCCCAACUAUCCAGAAUUUGAGAUUCUGAAACCAUACGAUGUUAUUCUCAGCAUUGAUGGGAUUAGCAUUAAUAAUGAUGGAACAGUUCCAUUUCAACAAGGGCGACGAAUAGAGUUCAGUUACCUUAUUACUCAAAAAUAUAAAGGCGAUAAGAUUGUUAUUAGAGUUCUCCGUGAUUCGAAGAUACAUGAAUUUGUCACACAACUCCCGACACGCAAACAAUUUGUUCCAGCCAACAUUACCGGGAUGCCUCCUCAGUAUUACGUUAUUGGAGGAUUUGUUUUCACAACUCUUUCUUUCCCAUAUUUGCAAGUUGUGGUGAGUAAUUCACUUAGAUAGGUUAGGUCUUUAUCC